AUGUCGGGCAAACUCGAGUCUCAGAACUCGUACUCGAGCUUUAAAACAGAAUCAGAAGUUAGCCACUCUGUAACGGCCAGUUCUGCUUACCCAGAGACAACUUUCACAAGCAACACUUACCACCAAGGCCUCCUGCGAGGAUUUGACGAGCUCCGAAACGACGCUCAUCUUUGUGAUGUUACCCUUAUCGCUGGAAACUCGAAAUUCCCAGUACACCGAACUCUGCUAGCCGCAUGCUCUCCUUAUUUCCGAAGUAUGUUCACUAAAGACGCUCAAUCCAGCACCAUUUGUCGAUCGGAAGGAUCAAAGUACACCUGGUUCUCCGAGAGCAUUGAGCUCCGAGGCAUCAGCUCGGAAGGUCUUCGUCAUAUCGUCGAGUUUAUAUACACUGGACGCAUCCCGAUCUCAAUGAGCACAGUGCAGAAUAUCCUCGCUGUUUCGCGGCACAUGCAGAUUCAGGCUGUAUUGGAUUUCUGCAUGGAAUUCUUAAUCUCUGCGAUUGAUGUCAACACUUGCGUCGACAUCAUCCACAUCGCCGAAGUCUUCGGAAUGCCUCAACUUGAGGACAAAGCGACAUCGUUUAUGCUCGACCGAUUCCCCGAUUUCAUGAAAUCAUCUCAGCUCCAAAAACUUACUUUCGACAAUAUGGCCGCUCUCCUUGAAUCUAACGAUUUGAAAGCAAUGUCAGAAAUGGAUGUUUUCGCAGCAACGCUGAAAUGGAUAAUGUACGACCCAGCGCGACAGCAGUACAUUAGAAAACUCAUGGAGCGCAUUCGCUUUCCACUUAUGCCACCACGAGAUUUGAUGGUUCACGUCAACGUCGUUGACUUCAUGCGAACAAAAUGCAAUGAUUUGCUUCUUGAAGCUUCCUCCUAUCACAUGCUGCCCCACUCUCAGCCAAUUGUUCCAUCUUCGCGUACCAGAGUACGAUCGAAUGAUUCUAGGCUAGUUGUUGUUGGUGGUGCGGAUAACACUGAUGAGGUUUCAAAUCAGCUCAAAGUUUUCAACAAGGAACUUACGGCCUACACUCUUCUCCCGUCAAUGGAAACCGGUGUUCAUUCUCAUGCAGUCGCAGUCCUCAACAACUUCCUCUAUAUUCUCGGCGGUCAAAAUCACUUCGAAGAGCGCGGUAAAACUGCUGUCGCUACUGUUGCCCGCUACGAUCCCCGCUUCAAUACUUGGAUGAAGAUCGCUUCAAUGAACGAAAGAAGAGCUGGUUUUCAUGUCUCAGCCGUGUCCGCGUAUAAUCGACUUUAUGCAGUUGGCGGUGUCAAUUCAGUUGGCCGUCUUUCAUCAGUAGAAUGUUAUUGCGUCGAAGAAGAUAGAUGGAAGUAUGUUGCUUCGACGCAACAUGCUAUUUGUGAUCAUGCUGGAGCUGUUCAUAGAGAUAAGAUGUACAUCUCUGGAGGUUUCACAGAUGGUCACUUCUCGGACGCUAUGCUCUGCUACAACCCAAAGCACGAUAUUUGGGAGCGCAGAACUCCUAUGCAGCAUCCUCGAGGAUGGCAUCAAAUGGUCACUAUCAAAGAUCGCGUCUUCGUUAUUGGUGGAAACUCUGGCAUCAACAAGCGUAUUGAUGUGAUCGAAACUGAAGUUUACUCGCCCGACUUCGAUCAGUGGACAAUUGUUGCUCCUCUGACAAUGGGCCAGUCUGAAGCAGGAGCUUGCUUGGUGAACGACAGAAUUUUCAUCGUCGGUGGUUAUUGCUGGUCUGCCAGACGAUGUAUCAAAGUCAUCCAGACAUACGACUCGGAGAACGACACAUGGGAGCGCGUAGGAAACCUUCCUCGUGGCCUUGCUGGUCUUCGACUUUGCACUCUUACACUUCCUCAUCAUCUCAUCCGAUAA